CCGGUUACGCCAGCCCCGCCGCCGCCCGCUCUGAUUCUGCGCAUAGGCAGCCCCCAAGCCUGUCAUUCUGCAAAAACACAGUUUACUCAACACACCACACACACUCGCACACACACGCGCGCACACACACGCGCACACCGGCCCCCGCGCGCACACGCACGGAGGGCGCGAGCGAGCAGACGCGCACACCAGCGAGCCAAGUUCCGCAGCCUGGCAUGGCUUCUGGGGACCUUUACGAGGUUGAAAGGAUUGUAGACAAGAGGAAGAACAAGAAAGGAAAAUGGGAGUAUCUUAUCCGAUGGAAAGGCUACGGGAGCACCGAGGACACGUGGGAGCCAGAGCACCACCUCUUGCACUGUGAGGAGUUUAUUGAUGAAUUCAAUGGGCUGCACAUGUCCAAGGACAAGAGGAUCAAGUCAGGGAAGCAGUCCAGUACCUCCAAGCUGCUGCGUGACAGUCGAGGCCCGUCGGUUGAGAAACUGUCCCACAGACCUUCAGAUCCUGGAAGGAGCAAGGGGACCUCCCAUAAACGGAAGCGAAUUAACCCUCCCCUGGCCAAGCCAAAAAAAGGGUAUUCAGGCAAGCCCUCUUCAGGAGGCGACAGGGCCGCCAAGACGGUGUCUUACAGGACUACCCCCAGUGGUUUGCAAAUAAUGCCCCUGAAAAAGUCUCAGAACGGGAUGGAAAAUGGGGACGCCGGCUCUGAGAAGGAUGAGAGGCACUUUGGAAACGGGUCCCAUCAGCCUGGCUUGGAUUUGAAUGAUCAUGUUGGAGAGCAAGAUGUGGGUGAAUGUGACGUGAACCACGCCACACUGGCGGAGAACGGGCUCGGCUCUGCUCUGACCAAUGGGGGAUUGAACCUGCACAGUCCGGUGAAGAGGAAGCUGGAAGCGGAGAAGGACUACGUCUUUGACAAAAGGCUCAGAUACAGUGUCCGCCAGAAUGAAAGCAACUGUCGGUUUCGAGACAUCGUCGUGCGGAAGGAAGAAGGGUUCACGCACAUCCUGCUGUCCAGUCAGACCUCGGAUAACAAUGCCCUGACACCUGAGAUCAUGAAAGAAGUCCGGCGAGCGCUCUGCAACGCAGCCACAGACGACAGCAAACUGCUGCUCCUCAGCGCAGUGGGGAGCGUGUUCUGCAGCGGCCUGGAUUAUUCCUACCUAAUUGGCCGGUUGUCCAGCGACCGGCGAAAGGAGAGCACUCGGAUUGCAGAAGCCAUCAGGGACUUUGUGAAGGCCUUUAUCCAGUUUAAGAAGCCUAUCGUGGUGGCCAUCAAUGGGCCGGCCCUGGGCCUGGGUGCCUCCAUCCUGCCCCUCUGUGACAUCGUGUGGGCCAGUGAGAAGGCCUGGUUCCAGACGCCCUAUGCCACCAUCCGCCUCACGCCUGCUGGCUGCUCCUCCUACACCUUCCCCCAGAUCCUGGGCGUCGCGCUGGCCAAUGAGAUGCUGUUCUGUGGGCGGAAGCUCACCGCCCAGGAGGCCUGCAGCAGGGGGCUGGUGUCACAGGUCUUCUGGCCCACCACGUUCAGCCAGGAGGUCAUGCUGCGGGUCAAGGAGAUGGCAUCCUGCAGUGCCGUGGUGUUAGAGGAGUCCAAAUGCCUCGUGCGGAGUUUCCUGAAAUCAGUGCUGGAAGACGUGAACGAGAAGGAAUGCCUCAUGCUCAAGCAGCUCUGGAGCUCCUCCAAAGGCCUUGACUCCCUUUUCAGCUACCUGCAGGACAAAAUUUAUGAAGUCUGAGGGGCCCCAGCUCACGGGCCCCCAAUUUCCAGCUCUGCCCUGUGUUUCGGAAACCAGAGCACAGUGUCUGCCCCGGCCAAGGAGUUUGUCAAGGUGUCUCUUUAUGCGUAGGGUUGUGUCCAUUUCCUCGUGUCCUUUGGUUGCUCCUCCUUGGUUUGAUUUUGUGUAAUGGAUGGAAAACGCAGCAUACUUGGCCUCCCCCACCUCCCUGCCCUUCCUGGCCAGAGAGCUGUCCGGGGCUGUAUCUUCCCAGGGCUCCGCCAAGCGCCGCUGUCCUUUCCCCACUUGCUGAAAUGCACCAUCACGGUCCAGGAAGGGGAAGACCACUUUCCCAUUCUUCUGACUCAGGCUGUGUCUACACAGUGCCUCUGACUUGGAGACUUGGCCAUCAUGGCUCUCUCUGGUUGUAUUUAGAUCGGGUGUCAGAGGACGACCAAUCUUAGGGAAUUUCCUGACCAAUGAGCAAAAUGAUUGUGCACACCUGGCCUCAGUCUCCUUUCCGACGCAAAUCUGUGUGACUAUUAGGGCUUGGUCUUAAAACCCAAUCGAGUGAUUUACAAACCCAGAUAUUGUACAUUUAGAAAUGUUUUGUUAAAUAUAUAUUUUUAAAACAA